AUGGCAAGCGAAGAGCCCGCAGAAACCACAGGAGUACGCUUCACCAAAACAAUCCAUAGCGACACUUACGCCUUCAUCGAUCCUCUCAAACCACCGGCAUCGCACAAAUUGCACUCCGUCUUCAUCUCAGGAGCAUCCAAGGGCAUAGGUCGCAGCAUCGCUCUCUCGUUCGCUCGUUCAGGUGCAUCAAGAAUCGCCAUCGGAGCCCGUUCGUCACUCGACUCUGUCGAAGCGGAGAUCCUCGGCGCUGCCCAAGGCGGUGCGAAGAACGCAGCGGAAGAGGUGGCGAAGGCGUUUGGCGAUGGAGGAGUAGACUUUUUGGUGAACAAUGCGGGAUUUUCCGCGGGAAUGAAGCCUUUUGCUGGACCGGAUGUGGAUGUGUGGUGGCACACUUGGGAGGUCAACGUCAGAGGCCUAUUUUUUGUGACCCACGCUUUCUUGCCGCUUGUGUUGAAGAGCAAAGAGAAGACUAUCAUCAAUCUCGACUCCAUGAUUGCGCUAGAAGCGAGACCUGGGGUGAGGGAUUUUUUGAUCAGUCUUCAAGAUGUGUCCGACAAGACUUAUGGUCUGUUCUUCGUUUCCUCUCAGUUCUCCUCGUAUAGCGCGGGAAAGCUGGCCAUCCUGCGACUCACGGAGUUCAUAAAUGUUGAACACGGUGCUGAAGGAAUCAUAUCAUACGCUGUCAACCCGGGCACUGUCUUUACGGACAUGGCCAAGGUGCUUCCUCCAGAGGUACAUCGCUUCAUAACGGACACCCCAGAACUGCCGGCAGACACCAUCGCAUUCCUUACGCGUGAGAGACGAGGAUGGCUUGCCGGUCGCUAUCUUAGUUGCACCUGGGAUAUGGAGGAGCUGAUGUCGCGCCAGGCAGAGAUUGUGCAGAAGGAUAAGUUGAAAGUUCGCAUAGUCCUCUGA